AUGGAUCGUGACUUGAUGCACUCUGAACUCACUGGUGCACGUUCUGAAUUGAAACCAGGGGAGAGCUGGUGCGCCUGGUCUUUGCUUCCCUGGCCGGGUGCAAGUUCAGGCUCUGCUGCUGCAGAGCUCCUGGAAGUCAAGUCAGAACUUCAGAAUGUGUACACUCGACUUGAAGCAAUGGCUGAUGUCCAGCAUGACAUGUCCAGGGGGAGUUGUGAUAACAACCAACUAUCAGGAGAGUUGUCAGUUAAUAUUUCCAUGCUUAGUAACUUGGAGGACUUAGUUGUUUCUAACAAUAAUUUCACUGGUUCAAUUCCUUCAAAGAUUGGAAACUUGAAGAAACUCAAAAGAUUGGAUCUUUCUCGUAACCAUCUCAUAGGUCCAAUUCCAACUUCUCUAUGGAACCUCAAAAACCUCAUCCAUGUGUACCUUUUCAACAACAAUCUAGUUAAUAUUUCCAGUCUUAGUAACUUGGAGAAGUUCUCUGUUAUUAGCAAUAAUUUCACUGGGCAAAUCCCUAGAGACUUUGGGAAGAAUAGUCCUAAUUUGAGCAUCGUUGUGUUUACAAACAACAGCUUCUUUGGAGAGUUUCCACAAGGUUUGUGUAGUGGGUUUAAUCUAGAAUAUUUGAGUGUAAAUAACAACAGCUUUACAGGGCCAUUGCCCGAGUGCUUGAGAAAUUGCACCAAAUUAAAAAGAGUAAGGUUUGAUGGGAAUCGAUUCACAGGCAACAUCACUAAUGCUUUUGGUGUUCACCCACAUCUUGAUUCCAUUUUCUUAAACAACAACCAAUUCAUCGGUCAUGUUUCAAGUAUGUGGGGACAAUGCCAAAAUCUCACCACAUUACAAAUGGGUCAUAAUAAAAUUGCUGGUAAGAUCCCAUCUGAACUUGGGAAUUUGAUGAAGUUGCAAGUUUUGAACUUGGAGUCCAACAAAUUGAAUGGGCCAAUCCCAAAUCAAUUGGUAAAUCUUAAACUUUUGUACCUUAAUCUUAGCAAUAAUCAUUUAACGAAGAAAUCCCUAUGA